CCCGGGAAUUCCGGGAAUUCUGGAGAGGUUCUGGGAAUUCCGGAGAGGUUCCGGGGGUUUUGUUCCAGGCCGGGGCCCCACGGCAGCCUGGACAACGUCGUCUAAGCCAACAAGGUCCAGAAUCUCCCGGAAUCUCCCAGAAUUUCGGGAAUUCUGGGAAUUCUGGAGAUGUUCUGGGAAUUAUGGAGGUGUUCUGGGAAUUCUGGAGAUGUUCUGGGAAUUCUGGAGGUGUUCUGGGAAUUCCGGAGAGGUUCUGGGAAUUCUGGAGAGGUUCUGGGGGUUUUGUUCCAGGCUGGGGCCCCACGGCAGCCUGGACAACGUCGUCUUCGCCGUCUGCGCCAACAAGAUCCGGGAUUGCCCGGAAUCCUGGGAAUUCUGGGAAUUCUGGAGGUGUUCUGGGAAUUCUGGAGGUCUUCUGGGAAUUCUGGAGAUGUUCUGGGAAUUCUGGAGAGGUUCUGGGAAUUCCGGAGAGGUUCCGGGGGUUUUGUUCCAGGCUGGGGCCCCACGGCAGCCUGGACAACGUCGUCUUCGCCGUCUGCGCCAACAAGGUCCGGGAUCGCCCGGAAUCCUGGGAAUCCUGGGAAUUCUGGGAAUUCUGGAGAGGUUCUGGGAAUUCCAGAGAGGUUCCGGGGGUUUUGUUCCAGGCUGGGGCCCCACGGCAGCCUCGACAACGUCGUCUUCGCCGUCUGCGCCAACAAGGUCUGGGAUUCCUCGGAAUUCCAGGAAUUCUGGGAAUUCUGGGAAUUCUGGAGAGGUUCCCAAGAUUUCUUCCAUGGCAGAUCCAGAGAGUUGGGAAUUGUGGGAAUUCUGGAGAGGUUCUGGGAAUUCUAGAGGUGUUCUGGGAAUUCCGGAGAGGUUCUGGGAAUUCUGGAGAGGUUCUGGGAAUUCCGGAGAGGUUCCGGGGGUUUUGUUCCCGGCUGGCGCCCCACGGCAGCCUCGACAACGUCGUCUUCGCCGUCUGCGCCAACAAGGUGGACGCGGGGAAGCUGCGCGUGGUGGACGAGAGCGAGGGCCGGCUCUGGGCCGAGAGCCGCGGCUUCCUCUACUGGGAGACCUCGGCGCAGAGCGGGGAGGGCAUCCAGGAGAUGUUCCAGAACUUCUACUCGGCCAUCGUGGAGCUGUGCGAGAACGGCGGGAAGCGGCCGGCGGGCGGCUCCGGAGCCAGCUUCACGCGGGAGCAGGCCGACGCCAUCCGGCGCAUCCGGAGCAGCAAGGACAGCUGGGACACGCUCGGCCUCAAGCCCGGCGCCUCCAGGGAGGAGGUGACGCGGGCGUACCGGCGCCUGGCCGUGCUGCUGCACCCCGACAAGUGCCUGGCGCCCGGCAGCGAGGACGCCUUCAAGGCCGUGGGCAGCGCCCGCGCCGCGCUCCUCAAGAACAUCAAAUAGCCCCCGCCAUUCCCAAGGAAAAAAUCCCGGAUUCUCCUUCUCUGGGAUCGGAUCCGCGCCCGGGCGGGACGGGGAGGGAGAGGGGGUGGGGAAUUCCUGGGGUUCUGGGGGUUAUUCCCGGUUUUACGCGGUUUAUUCCCAAUUUUCUGUGAAUUAUUCCUGUUUUCCCGGGGUUAUUCCAACAUUUCUCACUGUUAUUCCCAGUUUUCCAUGAGUUAUUCCCAGCUUCCUGUGAGUCAUUCCAAAUUUUCCAAGGGUUAUUCCCAGUUUUCUGAGGGUUUAUUCCCAUUUUUCCAUGAGUCAUUCCCAUUUUUCUGAGUGUUAUUCCCAGUUUUCUAUGAGUUAUUCCCAUUUUUCUGUGAGUCAUUCCCAUUUUUCCAAGGGUUUUUCCAAAUUUUCCAUGAGUCAUUCCCAUUUUUCCAUGAGUCAUUCCCAGUUUUCCUGAGGGUCAUUCCCGUUUUCCUGGGGCUCGUUCCCGGGUUUCCGCUGCUCCGCGCCCGCGCCGCGCUCCUCAAGAACAUCAAACAGCCGCCGGCAUUCCCAAGGAAAAAAUCCCGGAUUCUCCUUCUCCGGGAUCGGAUCCGCGCCCGGGGCGGGACGGGGAGGGAGAGGGGGUGGGGAAUUCCUGGGGUUCUGGGGGUUAUUCCCGGUUUUACGCGGUUUAUUCCCAAUUUUCUGUGAAUUAUUCACGUUUUCCCGGGGUUAUUCCAACAUUUCUCACUGUUAUUCCCAGUUUUCCAUGAGUUAUUCCCAGUUUCCUGUGAGUCAUUCCCGAUUUUCCAAGGGUUAUUCCCAGUUUUCUGGGAGUUAUUCCUAAUUUUCCAUGAGUCAUUCCCCUUUUUCUGCGGGUUAUUCCCACUUUUCCAUGAGUCAUUCCCAUUUUCCCGAGAGUUUUCCCAGUUUUCUGAGGGUUUAUUCCCAGUUUCCGUGGGGUUAUUCCUGAUUUUUUGUGGGUUAUUCCCAUUUUCCUGUGGGUUAUUCCCAUUUUUCCAAGGGUCAUUCCCAAUUUCCUGUGAGUCAUUCCCAUUUUUCUGAGUGUUACUCCCAGUUUUCCAUGAGUUAUUCCCAUUUUCCAGAAGUCAUUCCCAUUUUUCCAAGGGUUCUUCCCAUUUUCCAGAAGUCAUUCCCAUUUUUCCAAGGGUUAUUCCCAGUUUCCAUGAGUCAUUACCAUUUCUCCAAGGGUCAUUCCCAUUUUUCCAAGGGUUAUUCCCAGUUUUCCUGGGAGUCAUUCCCGUUUUCCCGGGGCUCGCUCCCGGGUUUCCGCUGCUCCGCGCCCGCGCCGCCCUCCUCGAGAACAUCAAACAGCCGCCGGCAUUCCCCACGGAAAAACUCA